UAUAUUAUUUCUUCAAUUCUGUUCUUCUCUCUCUACACAAUCCUAGAAUUGUUUCAGCUUUUGUCAUCUUUGUGAAGGCUUCUUAGGGUUUUCUUGAGUUCUUGGAUCUCCUCUUCAAUUCCAGUCAAUUACAGCACAAAUUAAACUAUCUAGUUUCUAGCUUCUUUCUAUUUUUACUACUCCUAACUUGUUACACAUGAAAACAAGAUUUUCAAUUCCUUAAUCCUACAACUUUCCAACUUCUUUUUUCCUUCUUUGAAAGUGAAUAUUUCAUCAAAAUAUGAGAACAGGAGGCUGCACAAUACAACAAGCUCUAACAACUGAAGCAGCAGCUGUUGUAAAACAAGCUGUGCAACUUGCUAAACGUCGCGGCCAUGCCCAAGUAACACCUCUCCAUGUAGCAAACACCAUGCUUUCUUCUUCAAAUGGUAUACUCAAAACAGCUUGUCUUCAAUCUCAUUCUCAUCCUCUCCAAUGCAAAGCCCUAGAGCUUUGCUUCAACGUCGCGCUCAAUCGCCUUCCUGCAUCGUCUUCUAGCCCCAUGUUAUUGGGCCAUGGCCAUCAUCAUCAAUCUCAAUAUCCUUCCAUUUCUAAUGCGCUUAUUGCUGCCUUCAAGCGAGCCCAAGCCCACCAAAGGCGAGGAUCGAUUGAGAAUCAACAGCAGCCUCUUUUAGCUGUGAAAAUAGAGCUUGAGCAACUUAUUAUUUCUAUAUUAGAUGAUCCUAGUGUGAGUAGGGUUAUGAGGGAAGCUGGUUUUUCUAGUCCUCAAGUCAAAAGCAAUGUGGAACAAGCUAUUUCUUUAGAGAUUUGCUCUCAAAGUCCUCCUCCUAAUUCAAGUAAAGAAAAUAGCCAAGUAGUAACAAGCAAUAAAGUAAUAAACCCUAUUGCUGUUAAAGAUGAGGAUGUGAUGAGUGUGGUGGAAAGUUUAAUGAACAAAAGAAAGAAAAGUAUUGUGAUAGUUGGUGAAUGUCUUGAUAGUUUAGAAGGUGUGAUUAAAGGGGUGAUGAAUAAAGUUGAUAAUAGAGAUGUACCUCAAGUUUUAAAAGAAGUUAAGUUCAUUAGUUUACCACUUUUAACUUUUGGUAAUAUCCAAAGAGAAGAAGUUGAACAAAGAAUAGGUGAGUUGACUUGUCUUGUUAAGAGUUUAGCAGCAAAAGGAGUUGUUUUGUACUUGGGUGAUCUUAAAUGGAUUGCUGAUUUUAGGGUUAAUAGUUGUGGUGGGCAAGGGAGAAUUAGCUACUAUUGUUCUGUGGAGCACAUGAUUAUGGAAAUUGGGAGAUUGGUAUGUAGUUUUGGGGAAAAUCAAAAAAUUUGGCUUGUGGGAAUUGCAACAUUUCAAACUUACAUGAGAUGCAAAAGUGGUAACAAUUCAUUGGAAUCUAUUUGGGGCUUGCAUCCUGUUACACUCCCUGGUGGCAGUUUGGGCCUCAGUCUUAAACCUGACAGUGAUACACAAAACAGUGCUUUUAACACUGAGUCUACGUUGUCAAGUCUACCUUCAUGGCUUAAAGAUCAUGAGAAGCAAAGAAAUAGUACUCCUAAAAAUGAUCAGAACUGUGUAUCGGUCAAAGAGCUACACAACAAGUGGAUAACAACAUGCAGUUCUAUACAUAAAGACACCAAAAGUUUGUCCUUUCCUUCUUCAGAUGCAAAUUUGGACCAUAAUUUGCCAUUUUGGGCUAAUAGGAAAACAUGUGAGACAAGUUUAAGAAUCUACAUUCCUGACCACAACAACGACAAAGGAAAUAAUGUUGCAUUAUCAUCAUCUAAUUCAAGUGAUGUUAUUAUGGAGAUGGAGUUAUGUGUUCCAAAGUUGAAGGAGUUCAAUUCUGAAAAUUUGAACAUUUUGUCCAAUGCAUUAGAGGAAAUAGUCCCAUGGCAAAAGGAAAUUAUUCAAGAAAUUGCUGCCACAAUAUUGCAAUGCAGGUCUGGAAUGAUUAGAAGAAAAGAGAAAAUUAUUGGUAGUGAAGCAAAAGAAGAAACUUGGUUAUUUUUCCAAGGUCCUGAUGUUGAAGCCAAGGAGAAAAUUGCUAGAGAAUUGGCAAAGAUUGUGUUUGGAUCAUAUUCUAAUUUUGUAUCAAUUCCCUUGAGCAGCUUUAAGGCAGAUUCAACAGAGGAUUUUAGGAACAAAAGGUCAAGAAAUGAACAAAGUUGGAGUUACAUUGACAAAUUUGCUCAAGCAGUAGUUUCUUCUAAUAAUUCUCAUUGUGUUUUCUACUUAGAGGAUAUUGAACAAGUGGAUUAUUUUUCCCAAAGGGGAAUCAAGAAAGCUAUUGAAAGAGGAAUUGUCACAAAUUCAAGUGGUGAAGAAUUGAGUCUAAAUGAUGCCAUUAUCAUUUUGAGCUGUGAGAAUUUUAGUUCUAAGUCAAGAGCUUCUUCUCCUACUGUGAAGCAGAAAUCAUCUGAAGAAACUACAACAAGCCCUUGUGUUUCUUUGGAUUUGAAUAUCUCCAUUGAUUAUGAUCAAGAAAGAGAUGAAGAUUUGUCCAAUAUUGAUGAUAUUUGGCUGCUUCAUAGUGUUGACAGAUGUAUUUUUUUCCAAAAUUCAAGAGCUGUAGAAGAAUAGAAUCUAGCUACCUAUUAUUAUGUGAUGAGAUGAGUUUCUUUAUUAAUUUCUUCAUUUUUACUUUAUUGGUUUCUUGUCUUUCAAAUAGGAGGUCAAAAGAGUUAUGACAACCUCUUUUUUCUGUACUAAAGUUUUGUAAAUAGAACUUCCAAAUAG